AUGAAUGAUGAAUUACAAGCUCUUGGAAAGACGCACACUUGGGACUAUGUUGACUUACCUCCUGGUAAAAGGCUCAUUGGCUACAAGUGGAUCUACAAAAUCAAGACUCACUCUGAUGCUGUUGCUGCUGCCAAGCAAUGGCCUUUUCUUUAUAUGGAUGUCAAAAAUGCUCUCCUUAAUGGGACUCUUUCAGAAGUAGUUUAUAUGAAGCCACCUCCUGGCACUUCUCCUCCUCCUCACAAGACCAUCUCUGAUCUCCAACAUUAUCUUGGUCAAUAUUUUGAGAUGAAAGACCUUGGGUUUCUCAACUACUUUCUUGGCCUUGAAGUCUCUCGGCGCUCGGAUGGGUAUUUAUUAUCUCAAGCCAAAUAUGUCUCAGAUCUCUUAGUUCGCUCAGGAAUCACUGAUUCCAACAUAACUUCGACGCCAUUAGAUCCCAAUAUUCAUUUGACCCCUUAUGAUGGUGUUCCUCUUGAAGGUGUGAGUCGGUUGACAGUGAGUCGUCUAGACAUUACAUAUGUUGUUCAUAUUGUUAGUCAGUUUAUGGCUGCUCCUAGAACCAUUCAUUUUACUUCUGUGUUACGUAUUCUUCGCUAUAUCAAGGGAAUCUUGGGGCAUGGACUUCAGUUUUCUUCUCAAUCCUCACUCGUGUUAUCUAGCUACUCUGAUGCAGAUUGGACUGGGGACCCUACCGAUCGACGUUCUAUAAUAAGUUACUGUUUCUACUUAGGAGAUUCUCUCAUUUCUUGGCGUAGUAAGAAACAAAGUGUUGUCUCUCGUUCUAGUACUGAAUUAGAAUAUCGUGCUCUUGCUGAUGCUAUCGCUGAACUCCUAUGA